GGCCCCUCCAGCCCGCCGCAGCCUGGCUUCAGCGCUCCCACUCUCGGUGGACCCCUAAGCCGAUCGGCCAUUCGCGCCGCCAUGGAUCUCACCGCCAUCUACGAGAGCCUCCUGUCGCUGGGCCCUGACCUGCCAUCCGACCACGGAGAGACGGAGCCCAGCCCGGCAUGGGCCUCUUCGGGACUCUGGAGUCUCAGCUCGUCCGACCCCGGCUCUGCCGGGGUCGCCGCCCGCCUGCCUGGCCGCUCCACCAGCCUGGUGGAGGGUCGCAGCUGUGGCUGGGUGCCCCCACCCCCGGGCUUCGCACCCCUGGCUCCCCGCCCAGGCCCCGAGCUGUCGCCCUCGCCCACCUCGCCUACUGCGACCCCCACCACCUCAUCCCGCUACAAGACUGAGCUAUGUCGGACCUUCUCGGAGAGCGGGCGCUGCCGCUACGGGGCCAAGUGCCAGUUUGCCCAUGGCCUGGGCGAGCUGCGCCAGGCCAGUCGCCACCCCAAAUACAAGACGGAACUCUGCCACAAGUUCUACCUCCAGGGCCGCUGCCCCUACGGCUCGCGCUGCCACUUCAUCCACAACCCCAGCGAGGACCUGGCCGCCCCGGGCCAACCCCAUGUGCUGCGCCAGAGCAUCAGCUUUUCAGGCCUGCCCUCAGGCCGCCGACCCUCGCCACCCCCAGCAGGCCUGGCGGGUCCCUCCCUGUCCUCAUGUUCCUUCUCGCCUUCCAGCUCCCCACCACCACCAGCUGGGGACCUUCCACUGUCACCCUCUGCCUUCUCCGCUGCCCCUGGGACCCCUGUGGCCCGAAGGGACCCCACCCCGGCCUGUUGCCCCUCCUGCCGAAGGGCCACCCCCAGCAGCGUCUGGGGACCCUUGGGUGGCCUGGCUCGGAGCCCCUCUGCACACUCCCUGGGAUCUGAUCCCGACGAAUAUGCCAGCAGCGGCAGCAGCCUGGGGGGAUCCGACUCACCCGUCUUCGAGGCCGGGGUGUUUGGGCCACCCCAGCCACCUGCAGCUCCCCGGCGACUGCCCAUCUUCAAUCGCAUCUCUGUUUCUGAGUGACAAGUGCCUGCCCAGUACACAUCAGCUGGAUUCUUAAGGGGGGCCAUUUCUCUUGUGCUGUGGGCUCCACAGGGGCCCUGGGGCUGUGGGGAACUGGGGACUCUUCAUCAAGUAGCCCCCCCCAUUUCCCAAGUGCAUUAACCCACUCCCCUGACCCCACGCUGGGGCAGGUCCCCAGUGUGCAAGCUCGGUGUUCACGGUGUUGGGGGAACGAGUGUUUCCCGGAUCCUUUAAA